AUGCCAUUUCCAGUGCUUCCAUCUUUCAGAUCCAGUGCUCCUGAAGAGCAAAUCAAGGCCCUUUCCGUUGUUGGAAGUGCCUUGUUCGAAGUGUCCAGUGUUGAUGACUACAAGAAGAUCUCUGUUCAGACUGGUGUUACCUUGGUCCAAUUGACCUCCUUUGACGUUCAAACUGUCAUUGAUCUGCUUAACAGUGGUGUUGCUGAGAUCUUUGCCACUGAGGAGCAGUACAAGGAAUUGGUUGAUGCUGGCGUUCCUUCUUCAAGAAUCGCUGUUCAGUUGUCCAAGAUUGAGAACAGCUCCGAGUAUCCAGCUGGUUCGUAUGUCCUCUCCUCGUCAUUGCCAUUAGGUGAUUUGAAAUCCUUUGGUGAUAACGGUUCUAAGACCGUGUAUGUUAGCGUUGAAGGUGAUGUCUCCCCUGUUGUUGUGAACUCACUCGUCUCUGCGCAGCUCAUCCCAAUCAUCGAAUCUGAUAAGCUUACUGUUUCUAAAGAGAGUGGUAAAGUCAAUGUUGCUGAUUUGUUUAUCAGUUCAUUGACGACUGACAGAGCUGAUGGGUUGUACACAACUCUGGUGACUGAUGUUUAUAACCACUCUUUAGGUCUAGUGUACUCUUCAAAGGAAUCCAUUGCAGAGGCCAUUAGAGUUAAAGCUGGUGUUUAUCAGUCUAGACGUCACGGUCUAUGGUACAAAGGUGCCACUUCUGGUGCUACACAAGAGUUGGUGUCCUUGGAUAAGGACUGUGAUGGUGACUGUAUCAAAUUUGUCGUCAAGCAAGCUGGCACUGGAUUCUGCCACUUGGAAACUGAUUCUUGUUUCGGUAACGUUGGUGGCCUGACAAGAUUGGAGAAGACCUUGCAACACAGAUUAGCCAAUGCACCAGAAGGCUCCUACACGAAGAGACUCUUUACUGAUGAAGCAUUGCUCGUUGCAAAGAUCAAGGAGGAAGCCGAGGAGUUGACCGAGGCUACUACAAAGGAUGAGAUCGCUUGGGAGUGUGCUGAUCUCUUCUACUUUGCCUUGACAAGAUGUGUCAAGAACGGUGUUUCCAUCGCCGAUAUUGAGAAGAACUUGGACUUGAAGGGCUUGAAGAUCACAAGAAGAAAAGGUGAUGCUAAGCCAAAGUUCAUCAAGGAGGCCACUCCUCAAGCUAAGGAGGCACCAAAGGUUGAAGAAGCUCCAAAGGAUGAGAAGAUCCUUAUGGGUGUCCUUGAUACCGCAACUGCCUCUCCGGAUGAAGUUGCCAAGGUCCUUGAAAGACCUGUCCAAUCAACAAGCGAUAUCAUGAAACUUGUUAACCCAAUUAUCGACGCUGUGCGUUCUAGAGGUGAUGCUGCACUUAUCGAGCUCACUGCUAAAUUUGACGGUGUCACUGUGGAAUCGCCGUUGCUCAAGGCACCAUUUGAUCCAAAGUUGUAUGCCAUUAGCGAUGAACUGAAAGACGCUAUCGAUUUAUCUAUUGAUAACGUUGAGAAGUUCCACGCUGCUCAGAUGGAUAAGGAAACCAUGAACGUGGAAACCAAGCCAGGUGUUGUUUGUUCUCGUUUUGCUAGACCAAUUGACUCUGUUGGUUUGUAUGUUCCAGGUGGUACAGCAGUGUUGCCAUCCACCGCCAUCAUGCUUGGUGUUCCAGCACAGGUUGCUGGUUGUAAGAACAUCAUUCUUGCUACACCACCAAGAAGAGAUGGCUCCUUAUCUCCUGAAGUUGUCUACGUUGCACACAAGAUUGGUGCCCAAGGUAUCGUCCUUGCUGGUGGUGCUCAAGCUGUCGCAGCUAUGGCAUAUGGUACUGAAUCCGUGCCAAAGGUUGAUAAGAUUCUUGGUCCAGGUAACCAAUUCGUUACUGCUGCUAAGAUGUACGUUCAGAACGAUACCAGUGCCCUCUGUUCUAUUGAUAUGCCAGCUGGUCCAUCUGAAGUGUUGGUUAUUGCGGAUAACGAUGCUGAUCCAGACUUUGUUGCUUCUGAUCUCCUCUCACAAGCCGAACAUGGUGUCGAUUCCCAAGUCAUUCUCAUUGGUGUUGACUUGACACCGGAAUCGCUCAAGGCCAUCGAAGACUCCUUGCACCGUCAAGCUUUGGAGCUCCCAAGGGUGGAGAUUGUUCGCAAGUGCAUCAAGCACUCCACCACUUUGCUCGUCAAGACCUAUGAAGAGGCACUCAGACUCUCCAACCAAUAUGCUCCAGAGCACUUGAUCCUUCAAAUCAAGGAUGCAGCCUCCUAUGUCCCACUCGUUGAUCACGCUGGUUCUGUAUUUGUUGGUGCUUACUCACCAGAGUCAUGUGGUGACUACUCAUCAGGUACCAACCACACGUUGCCAACCUACGGUUACGCUAGACAGUACUCUGGUGUGAACACCUCUACGUUCCAGAAGCACUUGACUGCUCAAUACGUCUCUGAAGAAGGUCUCAAGUAUAUUGGCCAUGCUGUUAUGAGCUUGGCCAAAUGUGAAGGCCUCGACGCUCACAGAAACGCUGUGAAGGUGAGAAUGUCCAAGCUAGGUCUCUUGUCCAAAGAUUUUGUUUAA